CUCCACUAUGGCACCUCACCUGAAAGAACAGAAGCACCCUAAAUUUGGCAAUUUGCCUCUCUCGACAUCCGGCGCUCAAGAGACGUCGUUGACGGGCAACGCGCUCCUCCGAACCCCCUACUUCAACAAAGGCUCAGGUUUCACAAGGGAAGAACGAAAGACGUUCAAGCUUCAUGGCCUCCUUCCGCCCAACAUCCAGACCCUUGAAGAGCAGGUACAGCGCGCAUACGAACAGUACAGCUCAAGACCGAAUGAUCUGGCGAAGAACACUUUUAUGACAAGCAUGAUGGAGCAGAAUGAGGUGCUAUUCUACCGGCUCAUCCAAGACCACAUAAAAGAGAUGUUCUCCGUCAUCUAUACUCCGACUGAGGGUGACGCCAUCCAAAACUAUUCACGGUUGUUCCGGCGACCCGAGGGAUGCUUCCUGAAUAUCGGAGAUAUAGGCCGCAUCGAUGACAACAUCGAUCAGUGGGGCGACCCGGAUGACAUCGACCUUAUCGUAGUCAGCGACGGCGAGCAGAUUCUAGGCAUCGGCGAUCAGGGCGUGGGCGGGAUUCUCAUUAGCAUCGCGAAGCUGGUCAUUUACACCUUAUGUGCAGGAAUCCACCCUUCGAGGACACUGCCUGUGGUGCUGGAUUGUGGGACAAAUAAUAAGGAGCUUCUAGACGAUGACUUGUAUCUGGGCCUCAGGCAGCCUCGUGCCAGAGGAGACAAGUAUGAUAAAUUUGUGUCGACCUUUGUCAAUUCCUGUAAGAAACGAUACCCCAAGGCAUACUUACAUUUUGAGGAUUUCGGGCUAAACAAUGCGCGGCGCAUUCUUGAUACGUACCAACCGGAGAUUGCCUGUUUCAACGACGACGUGCAAGGGACUGGCUGCGUCACGCUUGCGGCUAUCAUGGCUGCAUUUAAGGUCGGAGGCGUGCAAUGGGGCGAUGCCCGAUUUGUGAUAUUCGGCGCAGGGACUGCAGGUACUGGCAUCGCGGACCAAAUUAAAGACGCCAUCGCUCACGAGACUGGCAAGUCUAAGGGUGAGGCUGAUCGUCAAAUAUGGUCGAAGAAGGAUCAGCUGACUCCAGCCCAAAUUCCAUAUGCUCGUGAUGAUGGUGAGUGGCAGGGAAAACAGCAUGGAGAAUUACUUUCAGUUGUGAAGGAAGUCAAGCCGCAUGUUCUCAUCGGCACAUCAACCGUUCCAGGGGCUUUUACUAAAGAUAUUGUCCAAGAAAUGGCAAGACAUGUUGAGCGGCCGAUCAUUUUUCCGCUUUCCAACCCAACUCGGCUUCAUGAAGCGAAACCACAAGAUCUUUUCGAUUGGACCAGGGGUAAGGCGCUCGUAGCAACCGGCUCGCCUUUCCCUCCCGCGAAGUACCAGGGAAAGGAAUAUGAGAUUUCCGAGUGCAACAACUCUGUUACUUUCCCGGGCAUUGGCUUGGGUGCUAUUCUCAGUCGCACUCGACUUCUUCCCCCCUCUCUCCUUGUCGCCGCGGUCAAGGCUUUGGCAUCGACUGCUCCUGCUGUUAAUGGCACAGGAGGUGGCUUACUUCCGGAUGUCGCGGAUGUCCGAGAGGUCAGCGUACAGAUCGCCAGAAAUGUCAUUAAAGCUGCGGUGGAGGAAGGUUUAGCGCAGGAGAAGAACAUCCCCACAGGUGAUACUGAUCUAGAAGAAUGGAUUCGCGAACAGAUGUGGGAUGCACGAUACCGGCCUUUGAAACUCAUCAAAGAUGAUGGGGCGACGGCUCAUGCGCGGGGAGAGGCUGGAAUUGGCUCGCACAGGCGGGCAGCCAGCUUCAGGUUUUGACUUUGGCGGACGCUCUAGUGUUCCCAGGCCUAUUCCUCCGGUUUGGUCGCUUGGACCCUUUCAACAAACACAUUGCGUUAUGCACGUGUUGAGCGUCUACCACGAUGUUUCUACGCGAUGAUUGUUGGCAUUGGGUUCCGUGGCCUCGUGCGCCAUUUAUCAAUACUAGUCUUUUCCGGCUCCGGACCAACAACAUCGCAAACGAAACAAGAAUGCCAAUGAAGAAGACACUACGCCUGAACUCUGGACUCGCUACUCCCUCGGAAUAGCCACAUGGUCGAAAUAUCGCACAGAGGCCUGAUACUUUCUCCAGGGGGUUUAGUAAGUCAUCCAUUCGGAUGUACGAAUUUUUUUUGUGGUAGUGUCACCCUAACCAC